AUGCUUUGCAAUCGUUGUCAGUCUAUUCUGCAGAGUCAAGCCGACAUCUCAACACCAUUGUUGACGGACCACCAUGCUGAUAGCAAAAGCUUCAAAGCAGCUAUCAUGGGCUGCUGCUUCCUUUGCACGGCCCUGGCAUCGGAAAUUGACAAUGUUGAGCAAAAGCUGGAAAAUUCCACAAUCACCUCACACACUAAAUGGCGAUCAUCGGGAAAUACUACAACAUAUCGGAUCAGACUAUGGUGGAUCGCACGCAGCCACAGUGAAGCAUUCAAUCAUGGUCGAGAAAUCCUUCUCGUGCCAUCACAAAACCCAGGAUUAGAGCUUCUGCUUCAACAGAAGGCCAGGAACUUCUUGAGAAAUCUUCUGCCCCUCUCCCGUCACGAGGACUUGGCUCCCCGCCCGUCUCUUGAUGUGGCCCGAACUUGGAUGAACGAAUGCCUUGAAAGACACCCGAAAUGCAAAAUCAUCAAUUCAUGGAGAACUAGCGGUGGUCAGUAUCAGCCAAAACGACUCAUUGAUGUUGGUCAUGGCAAGGGGCAGACAUGGAAGCUCGUCAUUUCCGAGAACGCGGUCGAAUACCGAUAUGCGACUUUAAGCCACAGAUGGACGCGAAACCAACAGCCUUGUCUAAGCCAGUCCAACUUAGAUGACUUCAAAAAUGGACAGCCAGUGUCCGGCUUGCCUCAGGCCUUUCAAGACGCUAUCAAGGUAGCGAUAAGCCUUGGCAUCAGAUACAUCUGGAUCGACUGCUUGUGCAUAAUUCAGGACUCUGACUCGGAUUGGCAGACUGAAAGUCUGAAAAUGUGCAAGAUUUAUUCUCAUUCCGUUCUGAAUAUAUCUGCCACUGGGGUCUCAAGUAAUGCUUUCGGAUUUCUGGAGAUGCUCAACAAGCCUCUCUUACUGCCUCCACAGAUCAAGAAAACGUUGGCGCCCAGGCUCAAGAACACCUGGCAGGCGGUUGACCCAUUCUUUUGGUGGGCAGAGGUGACCAAAACGCCGCUCAUGAAGCGCGGCUGGGUGUUUCAGGAGCGCUUUUUGGCUCCUCGUGUCCUGCAUUUUGGCGCACAGCAGAUUCUAUGGGAGUGUGCCGAGUUGGACGCUUGCGAGAUCUACCCCAAGGGCUUGACUCGUUUGACCAAGAAUGUCGGACAUACUGGAUUCAAGAAUCUUGAUCCUUUCCUGGCUUCCAUCAAGGGUGGCUCUACUGGUUCAUCGGUCGGCGGUCUUGUUCCGGUCACAGGACACAUCAGCUUCGACGAUGAACUUUUACGCUCUUGGUGUAAUACGGUAGAAUCUUAUACUCGAACCAGUCUCACCAAAGGCAAGGACAAACUGAUUGCUCUUGCUGGCGUGGCGGAGAUGAUGUCAAGCCUGUAUGCAAAACUUGGUGGCAGUUCUUCAGGCUACGCAGCCGGCAUCUUCACACACCACGUGUUGCCUAUGCUCGAGUGGCAUGCACAUUCUCCCCUGAAAACUAAGUUUAAAACUUCGGGUUCGAGGCCAGACGACAAAGACUACCGGGCGCCCAGCUGGUCCUGGGCCAGCAUCGACGGCCGAGUGUACUACGAGUUUCUUCCAGGUGUGUUUGGUCACUGGGACGCUGCCGAGAAAUGGCGAUCAACGACGUGGAAAAAACAUGGAAGGGAAGUCGAUAAGCCAAGGAAAAACAUUGGAUGGAAGCCGCUAGUCUUUGACUUGGUGCCAAAUGUCAUUCCUGUUGCUGGGUCUGGUUUUGGGCAGGUUGAACGGGGCAGCAGUCUUCGUUGCCGUGGCCGAAUUGUUCCUCUGGCAACAAUAAAGACUCCGACGCUGUCCACACUCUUGUAUGAGGACCCGUCGCUUGAUCCAGUCCAGGAUAGUUCCAGCACAUGGGCUUUGCCUCUGCGCUGUAUUGAUUUCAUCUCCUCUGAAGGGGAAAGAUCGUGGUGGAUCACAGGACUCAUGAUUCAGCCUGUGGACGACCUUCGGCGUAAAUAUCGAAGAUGCGGCUUGUUCUUCAUUCCUUCUUCGCUUGGGAUCCGAAUGUUGGAUAUCGAUAUCAAUGCAGAUCGUGAGGUCAAAUACUCGAAUGGGACGAUCCUUGAUCAACUCGAGAUCAUUUGA